CCUUAGGGACUCUGCUGUGCCGCCUUUAUCCACAUCUGACACCUCUUGGGCUGCGUGAGUUUUCACUCUCCUUCGGGAACCCUAGGGCGACAAGAACUCCUGAGGUGGCCUGCACUGCAGGUCAAUAUAACGGAUUCCCGAGAGACUAAGCAACGAUCUAUAAACCCGGAAAUCAUGUGCAAGAGAGAAGAGAGGGGGAGGGAGAGAGGGCAGAGGAAGGAAGAGCAGAACAGAGAAGAAGCCGUGAAAAGACAGCAACUCAUCCUCGCCUUCGUUGUCAUUCCCCUGGAGUAAACCCGUUUUUACCGUCGUGGGUUUUUUUUUAUGUAUUUUUUUUUUCUUUUUGUUGAGUCUCGAAGACGAGCGUCUAAUCUCGUCUCGCGCGCUGCGUGCUGAUACCCUCGACGAGUGACAAGAUCUCGCUUUGGAAAUUAGCUCCGAUGCCUCCCAAGCCUGGACAUUGCUGUAAGGACUAAAGGUACUUCAAUGAAAUUAAAGGAGCAGCUGGAGAGCAUCUUGCAUUUUCGAGUAUAAACCCCGGGGAGACUUUUGGAACCUUCAAAGGUUAAAGAAGAUCAAGGCAAGCUGCGCAGAGCACCAAAAGUUUGAACACGUCAAAGGGCAACAGUACCUGUCUUAGCGCUGCGUCCUGGACGGACCUCUUCAUUUUACAAACCGAUACCGGACUGAGGAGCAAGGAUGACCGUUAAACUGGACUUUGAGGAAUGCCUCAAGGACUCGCCGCGCUUCAGGGCCGCCAUUGAGACUGUGGAAGGAGAAGUGACUGACCUGGAGACUCGGCUAGAAAAGCUGGUGAAGCAGUAUAACAUUGUGCUGGAGUCGAACCGUGUCUGCUGCAGCAACAGUCGGCAGUUUGUGACCAGCAUCCGCGAGCUGUCCCAGCAUUCCAAGAAAGAUGCCAUGCUCAUGGAUUGCUUGGAGAAGUUUUCCAGCAAGCUGUCAGGCAUAAUUGAUGCUCAAAUGGGGCUGAUUGAAUCGACUCAGAAAUCUGUGAAGCAGCAGCUACAGAAUUUUGUAAAGGAUGAUGUAAAGAAGUUCAAGGACACAAAGAAGGAGUUUGACAAGAGCAGUGAAGCUUUAGAAGCUGCUCAGAACCGCAAUGCACAGGCGCCACGUAACAAGGUCCACGAAGUGGAGGACGCCAGCACAGCACUUCUUAAUGCCAGGAAGACCUUCCGUUGUGAAGCCCUGGAUUAUGUGUUACAGAUCAAUGUUAUCGAGUCAAAGAAAAAGACGGAGGUCUUAUCAUCGAUGCUGGCGCUGAUGGAAGCACAGGCAACGUUCUUUGCCGAAGGCCAUGAUUCCCUCAAACAGCUUGAGAACUACCGCCAACAACUGGCUGAACAGCUUCACCAACUUGUCCUCAAUUCUGCACGAGAGAAGCGAGACAUGGAACAACGGCACACUAUGGUGAAGCAAAAGGACAUCUCUUUUGAUGACUCCAUGGUUGAAUUUAGCACUGAUGCUCCCAACGGGAUCGCUAUGGAAGGCUACCUGUAUAAGCGGGCCAGCAAUGCUUUCAAGACGUGGAGCAGGAGAUGGUUUUCAAUCCAGAAGAAUCAGCUGGUGUAUCAGAAGAAGCUGAAGGACACAGUGACAGUGGUGGUUGAAGACCUGCGGCUGUGCACAGUCAAGUCAUGUCCCGAUCUUGAGAGGCGCUUUUGCUUUGAAGUUGUAUCUCCUUCCAAAAGUUGCCUCCUACAAGCUGAUUCAGAGAAGCAGCAGCAAGCCUGGAUGCUCGCCGUUCAAAACAGCAUUGCUACGGCCUUCCAGGAGCAGACAGAGGACCUCUCAAUCUCGCGCCUGGAGCGCACAUCCUCAACAUCUGCAGGAAGCGUAAGCGGAAUGGACCCUGCAGGUCAGAGGUGCGAGGGAGUGGACAAGAAGGUACUGGAGCAGGUUCAGCGGAUCCCCGGCAAUGCUCAGUGCUGUGACUGUGGGGAACCCAACCCGGACUGGGCCAGCAUCAACUUGGGCAUCACUCUGUGCAUCGUCUGUUCAGGAAUACACAGGAGCUUAGGAGUGCACUUCUCUAAAGUUCGCUCGCUGACCUUGGAUUCCUGGGAGCCUGAACUAAUGAAGCUAAUGUGUGAAUUGGGAAACAGCACCAUCAACAGAAUUUAUGAAGCACGUAUUGACGAGAUGACCAUAAAGAAGCCACACCCAGGAAGUCCGAGGCAGGACAAAGAUUCCUGGAUUCGAUCCAAGUAUGUGGAGAAAAAGUUCAUUCAGAAGCUACCUGAGAUGGGGAGUCGUCUGAGAAGGUCCAGCGCCCGCAGGAAUUGGGCCAGUACAGAGAAGGUCUUUAGCAAGCCAGCCUUGAAACCCAAACCAGGCCGUGCCACACUUCCCAGGCCUGGUGGUGCAGCCUCAAACCAACCAGCAUCAGGUAUCGGCAUCUUUAGCAGCAGCACCAGCCUGAACUCUAGUCACAGCAGCCUGAACUCUGCUACUUCUUGGAAAGAUAUUGACGAUGACUUUAUGGAUGACAAGGACAAUGACCUGAGUGCCCUUCACCCUGGUGCCCUGCUGUACCGUGCUGCAGCUAUGCAGAAUUUCCCUGUUAUGGCUGAUGCUCUGGCACAUGGGGCAGAUGUCAACUGGGUCAACAGCAACGAGGAGAAUCGCACCCCGCUUAUCCAGGCCGUGUCUGUGGACUCCUUGUUGGCCUGUGAGUUCCUCCUUCAGAAUGGGGCAAACGUAAAUCAGAAAGACUCUUUGGGACAUUCCCCCUUGCAUCAUGCCACUAUCCUGGGACACACUGGGUUGGUUUGCUUGUUCCUCAAGAGGGGUGCAGAUCAGCAGGCGCGUGAUGAAAAUGGCAAGGACCCCCUGACCAUCGCCAUUGAUAACGCCAAUGCAGACAUCGUUACCUUGCUUCGCCUGGCCAAGAUGAAAGAGGAGAUGAUGCAGGAGACAGAAGGCAUUUACGGUCAACCAGGUCAAUGCGGGGAUCACAGAGAGUCAAUUCCUUCUGAGGGGCAACAAAGAAAAAGCUUUCAGGCACUUAUGUCCCAGUUAGCGGGGUGGGCAACGGGGAGUACUACAGAGUAGGCCAGGGAAUGGCAGAGAUACGCCACAAAUCAGAGGAGUCGUCACUCUCUUUAGCACAGUUGGAGAGUUUGUAAUAUGUGUAUACUUGACUUAGUUCACGGCCGAGGGCAGCAUUCACUAUUUAAUACCAAGUAAGGUAUAAAUAAUAUUCUCAGUGGGCAUAGUGCAUCACUUUAGGGGGUCAUUACUGUGGUACAGGUAUUUUAAGCCAGUAAUGAAUAGAGAGGGGGUCUCUAGUGGUGACUCUGUUCUCCUCUUUGUUAUUUAUUAUACUGACCUUAUCCAAAAGGUCUCAAAUCCCAUACUUUUAUCACACUACAUAUUUAUUCAUUUAUUGUAGAUGUUAGUUUAGUCUUCAAAUAGUUUAAAAAGUGCCAUAAACAACAAGCAAAUAGAAUGUGUGUUUGCAAACAACUUGAUAGUGCUAGGAGAUGCAUAAACUUAUAGUUACACUCGAUUCUCUCCUUAGUCAGCUCAUGGUCAGCAUAGGGCCAGGUAGACAUAUGGCCGCUUAGAGAGACUUGGUCUUCUCCUCCACGGAUGGAAAAAUGGCAGUGAGAGAGACAGUUUCUUUGUUACCUGUGUCUUUAUCUUCCUUGAUGUACCCGCCAAACCACUGGGAUAUGCAGACAAACCAGUCCUAUUUCCAGCACAACUUCGACGACUCCCCACUUUCAUACCAGUUCUUGUUUCAGUACAACUCAGUCCCAUUCCAUCCCCAGUUAGGUUGCCCUUUCAUCUUAGCCCACCUGUGUUCCCCUAGGCUAGCUGACCAAUACAUUCCUGCUUUGGAAUUUCAGCUAGGGGCUACCCUCAGACAAAGAUCUUAUCUGGUAAAUGGACUGGCCUAAACAUUUAUAUUAUAAGACAUUAGUAAUAAAAAAAAUCAACCUAUAUUUUAGAUAUUAUUCUAAGUUCCAAGUGUAUUUAGUGUCAUCUCCAGAAGGGGAUUUCAGUUUUAACAUUCAGCCAAGGGGACUAAAGUGGACAACGUUACAGAUUCGGUAAUGGGGUGCUAUACUAUUGUCAGAAGACUAUUGUGGAAGACUAUAGGUAUAUAGAUAUAGAUAGAUACUGUACUGAUGUUGAUCAGAGCAGAGCUCUUCAAAGAAAUGCAGUCAACCAGGCCCAAGAAGUUCAAUGUCCUGAAAAUUGGCCAUCAUAUUGAAAUGAUGAUUCCAGAGCCUCCAUACAUUUAUUACUGCAUUUGUUGGGGACUCGCGGAAUCACUACUGUAUGUCCGGUGAUGCCAAUGUAGAACUAGAGCAUGGAGAAGGUAGACGGUAGAAGCUAAGAAGAUGGACGCCCGUUCUCAAAUGUAGAAGGAUACGCCUUUUGAUCCUCCAAAUUCCAACACAUUUGCUAUUCUCACUCAUUUGACCAACAACUGGUUUAUAAUAAAAGACCAGGUAAUGAUGAAGAUUUACAAACUGAUCUUUAUUGAUCAAAACAGUCUGCUUAUUUUGCACUUGUGGUGCCACUAUUGUGCUAUUUUUUGACCCCAAUUACAAUGGCCACCAGUAAGACAAUCUUUCCUGUCCUUUGUAUUAUCCAUUUUAUUCUCAGCACCAUCAUGGAAGUGCAGUAGCCAACUCCAAAAAUAAGAGGUGCAUGGCAAGAUGUUUACCUGGGAUGCAUAGAACUAUUGACAGAUUUUUAAAAUAAAAUAAAAAGAAUAUAUGCCAACUGGCCACUUUAUUAGGUACAGCUUUCCAACAGCCUGCAUCUUUUGAGGCACGGACCAAGCAAACUGCUAGGAGCAUUCCUUUGGGAUUUCAUUAACUCAAAUAGCAUCAGGCAGUUUCUGUCACACUUACGAGUCUCCUCCUCUACCUCAUCCCAAAGGUGCUUCAUUGAAUUGAGACCCACGGGAGUAAUCUAAAGUCACUGCGACGUUAGUGACGUGAUACAUUAAUCCGUUUGUAAAAAGGUAGACUCAGGUCAUUUCAGGAUAUUUCGUUGGUACUGUAUUAGGCAGCCCAAUUUGUGCUAAGGAGACCACAUUACCACCAUCAGUCUGAGCCAUUGACAAGGUUAGGAUGGAACCGUAGAUUUAUGCUAUUUAUGUGACAUGUUGAUCCUUCUAUCUACAUAUUGUAUACAGUUUGUGCAUCUUGGCCUUUCUAAUGGUUGGAUGAUCAGAGAACUAAACCUCUUGACCAUGUCAGUAUGCUUUAUGUAUUGACAUCUUUGGUGGUUUGAGGAGGAGGCUCUUAGUGAGAUCGAGCAGCGAUACCUUAAAUAGUGGCAGUGGGGUCUAUAUGCAGUAUACAGUGCUGUCAGGAAGUACUUGGUCACCUUCACGGUUUCCACUUUAUCAUUUUGGGGUAUUAAGUGUGGGACAAAAAUUAAGUAAAUAAUUUUAGUAAAAGGCUGCAACAUAACAAAAUGUAAAAAGGUGAAGUGUGUGACUACUUCCUUGAGGCACUUUAAAACAGUAGUGGUGAUAAGAUUGUAGCAAGACUGGCCUUCUGGAUUGUCCAUCACUAUAUAAUGUAU